CCUGACAUAUGAGCUACCAUCUGGUUUCUUUUUCUUAAGUUGCAUGAUGAAUAGCAAGGGAGCUGGAUUUAGUUAUUACUAGACGUGGGCGUUUUAACCGUAUUGCCGGUUAACUUUUGGUUCAGAAUUGGAACCGGCAUCCGAGGGUUCAACCCGACCCGUGCUAUCAGUUUUGGCAGUCCAGUUCCUGAUUCGGACAGGAGCUGCCAAAAGUGCUUCACGGGCCGGUGACGGUUCCACAUUUUUCUGAAUUGGAAUCGAUGGUUCUGAACUAGAACCGUGGGCACUUCUAGUUAUUACAGGUGGCGGAUUCUUGAUUCCUCAAUCAGCAGCCAAAAAAGCAAAGGACAUGGGCCCCUAAAACUUAGACACAAUAGAUGUCUCAACCACAUGUUUCCUCAUCUUGGUUGAGAGGACCUCACAAGUCAGUGUAACACGUCCCUCCCAACCUCGACCUCUCAACUGAUUGUUUAACAAUCUUAAUGCUAUUGCUAUAAAUCCCCCAGCUUUGAGGGUGAAAACAAAUUGUAGAAAUGGAGCUUCUCUUGUCUUCUUUUCUUCUUCUUCACUUGGUCAUUGGAACAUCUGCCAUUAGACUCAACCAAGAACUUGGCCAGCUGAAGCUGCCUCUUGAUCACGUCCCCAGCUCACUCUCCUUCUCGGAUGUCCUUGCUCAGGACAACGCCCGCAUCAAGUUUCUCAAUUCACGACUCGAAAAGAACUUGACAGCACUAGCUGUUUUUCCCGGUGGAUUGCUAGAUGGUUCUUUCGUUAGCGCCCCCUUGAAUCCAGGUUUUUCGCUCGGUGUAGGGAAUUACUACACCAAAAUAGGGGUUGGGAGCCCAGCUACUUACUAUCCGGUCGUUGUGGACACCGGGAGCUCCCUCUCGUGGAUUCAGUGCCAACCCUGUUUGGCCUAUUGCCAUCCACAAGCUGCUCCUUUCUUCAACCCUUCGUCUUCGAACACGUAUAAAACUCUAUCGUGCGAAGCAAGUGAGUGCUCUUCGUUGAAAUCUGCCACACUCAACAGCCCUAUGUGCACAAAAUCAGAUAAAUGUGUGUACACAGCAACAUAUGGUGAUCAAUCCCUUUCUCAGGGCUUCUUGAGCAAAGACACACUCACCUUUGGCUCUGAGACGCUCCCUGGUUUCGUCUACGGGUGUGGUCAGAACAACGAUGGCCUAUUCGGGAAGUCAGCAGGUAUAGUUGGCUUCGCGAAGAGCUCUCUGUCCAUGCUGUCCCAGCUCUCAACGAAGUACGGGAAGGCCUUUUCUUACUGUCUCCCAACCGCCUCUGGCUCGGGAGGCUAUCUCUCCGUUGGAUCUCAUUCGACUUCCUCUCCACCGAGCUUCACUCCUCUGAUAUCCGACUCCCGGGAUCCUUCCUUGUACUUUGUAAAGCUCACGGCCAUAACGGUCUUUGGGCGGGCGUUGGCCGUGCCAGCAUCUGACUAUAGUAUCCCGACCAUCAUCGACUCUGGCACCAUCAUAUCGCGGCUGGCAGGGCCGGUGUACAAGGCCCUGAGGGAGGCGAUGGUGAGGGUCAUAUCUCCGAGGUUUAAGUUGGUUGAGGCGUAUUCCAUUUUGGACGCGUGCUUUGCUGGGACAGCGGGCGCGAUAGCCUCGAUUGUGCCUGCAGUUGAGAUGAGGUUCCAGGGAGGGGCAGCGCUGAAGCUGGCGCCGCACAAUCUUCUGUUGGAGGUGGAGAAGGGGACGACGUGCCUGUCGUUGGCCGAGAACUCGGAUAUACGAGACAGCAUCGGCAUCAUCGGGAACCAGCAGCAGCAGACUACACAAGUUGUGUAUGAUGUAGGUAAUUCAAGAAUUGGAUUUGCUGCUGGUGGCUGUCACUAGUUUGAUGCAUAUUUGUUGUGUAAGAUUUAUGUUGUCUAAAAUGUUGAUAUCAAUCAUUGUGUAUAGUUAUUCUACUUCAAUUUGUAUGCAGUAGUAAUAUUUAUAAACGCAUCAUGUCUUCCUUUGUAUUCAAAUGUAUCAAAUUUCCUUUGAAAAUGCAUCAAAUUUAUAAACUUUGAAUGAUUUAAA